AUGGGUUGCUUUUACUCUCGGCUGGAGAGAGAGGAAAUGGUGUCGAGAUGCAAGUCCAGGAAGAGAUACAUGAAACAGCUGGUGGAAGCUCGACAAGCCAUGGCUAAUUCCCACGCAAUGUACCUUCGCGCACUUCGCUCCACUGGAGCAGCCCUACUCACCUUCUCCAACAUCGAAACCAAUCUCCACCACCCCCACCUCCGCCCCAAUUACAACCACCACCACCGCCACCAACCGGCGAUCCCGUCCCCCUCGCCUCCUCUCCCGCCGCCGCCGCCUCCUCCAAUGAGCCCCAGCUCCGACACCACCUGGACCUCGAUCUCCGCUUCCCCUGCUCCGCCGCCGCCUCCGCCGCCGGUUCCUCAGUCUUCCAGCUGGGAUUUCUGGGACCCUUUCGUCCCUCCCCCGCCGUCGGCCACUCGGUCGGGGACGACCAUGGAGGAGGAAUGGGAGGAGGUCACCACCAUGACUGUCUCUGAAGCGGCGGUUACUGGCACGGCCAGCGCCAGCAUUACGGCGCCGCCAUCGAUGAUCAGCGGGUUGACGACGGCGAGCGGCAGCGGUAGUGAGCUGGCCAUGGUGGUCUCGAGGAACAGUAAAGAUCUGGUGGAGAUUGUGAAGGAAGUGGAUGAGUAUUUCCUCAAAGCAGCUGAUGGAGGAACCCAGCUCUCUCUGCUCCUCGAGCUCCCUACUUCUGGUUUCUCCGCUCAAAGCAGCAAAGGGGGUAAAGUCUAUAACUAUGGCUGCAAUUUGGCGAGUCCAGCUUCAUGGACAUGGAGUUCAAGCACCAAACUGAAUGGGUUUGGGAAAAUGGGAGACGAAAUGUCCAUUUGCAGCAACAUUGGAGACGAGAAAAAAGGAUUCAGCCAUUGCUCUACCGUGGAGAGGCUGUAUGCUUGGGAGAAGAAGCUAUUCGAGGAGGUGAAGAAUGCUGAGAGUAUAAAGUUUGAGCAUGAGAAGAAAGUGGCAUUGCUAAGGAAGCUGGAAUUGAAGAGGGCUGAUUAUUUGAAGACUGAGAAAACAAAGAAGGAAGUUGAGAAACUGGAAUCUCAAAUGAUGGUUGCUUCCCAGGCCAUUGAAUCCACCUCUACCGAGAUCAUCAAGUUGAGAGAGACUGAGCUCUACCCUCAGCUGCUUGAGCUGGUAAAAGGGCUGAUGUGCAUGUGGAGAGGCAUGUACGAGUCCCACCAGGUCCAAACCCAUAUCGUACAACAGCUCAAAUACCUCAACACAAUUCCUUCCACUGAACCCACCUCUGAGAUUCACAGGCAGGCAACCCUUCAGCUGGAGCUCCAAGUCCAACAAUGGCACCAAUCCUUCUGCAACUUAGUGAAGGCUCAGCGAGAUUACAUCCAGUCCCUUAUGGGCUGGCUGAGGCUGAGCCUGUUCCAGUUCAGCAAAACCCCAAUCUACUCCAGAACCACUCAGGAAUCCAAGAUUUACUCGCUCUGCGAGGAAUGGCACCAUGCGGUUGAUCGGAUCCCGGACAAAGUUGCUUCUGAAGGGGUCAAGAGCUUUCUGACUGUAAUCCAUGCAAUUGUAGUUCAGCAAGCGGAAGAGCAUAAGCAGAAAAAGAAGUUGGAAUCUGCGUCCAAGGAGUUUGAGAGGAAGGCGGCAGAGCUUAGGUCGCUUGAGAACAAGUAUGGAUCAUAUUCAAUCGCUGAAAGCUCAGUUACUAGUAGAAGCAAAGACCCGGUUGCAGAUAAGAGAGCCAAAGUCGAGGUGUCGAGAGCCAAGGCGGAAGAAGAGAAGAUGAAGCAUGACAAGUCGGUGAGCAUCACCAGGGCCAUGACAUUGAACAAUCUACAAAUGGGUUUCCCCCAUGUGUUUCAGGCAAUCGUCGGGUUUUCCAGCGUUUGUAUGCAUGCGUUCGAGUCAGUGUACAACCAAGCCAAAACCGGCGGCAACCCUCAGCAUGAAGUGAAGAGAAUAAUGGGCUAG